AAUAGAUGAAGUAGAGUCAGUUUAGAGCUGAUUGUGUCCUCGUUACCAUUCACUCAAUCUAUUUCCUUUAGAUAUAAAGGCUAUUAUGAACAUGCCAAGUUGAAAGGAGUGAAUGUUGGCGAAUCAGUUGGUCUUGAUAUUCUUAUUGAUGGAACAGUUCCUACAGGUUCUGGCCUAUCAAGCUCUGCAGCAUUUGUUUGCUCAUCUACAAUUGCCAUUAUGGCUGUUUUUGGUGUAAAUUUCCCCAAGAAAGAACUUGCCCAAUUGACAUGUGAUUGUGAACGACACAUUGGAACACAAUCUGGUGGGAUGGACCAGGCAAUAUCUAUCAUGGCCAAAUCUGGAUUUGCAGAGCUCAUUGAUUUCAACCCUAUUUGUGCAACUGAUGUGCAACUUCCUGCUGGGGGCACCUUUGUGAUAGCCCACUCUUUGGCAGAAUCUCAAAAGGCAGUUACUGCUGCCACUAAUUACAAUAACAGAGUUGUUGAAUGUCGAUUGGCUGCUAUUUUGCUAUGUAUAAAGCUGGGAGUGAAACCACAAGAAGCUAUAUCCAAAGUCAAAACUCUUUCUGAUGUUGAGGGAUUGUGUGUAUCUUUUGCUGAAGGUCGUGGUUCUUCUGAUCCUGUCCUGGCUGUCAAGGAGUAUUUGAAGGAGGAGCCAUAUACAGCUGAAGAAAUUGAGAAAAUCACUGAGGAAAGUCUGCCAUCUGUCUUGGGAAAUAAUCCAACUUCUUUGGAUGUGCUAAAAGCUGCCAAGCACUUUAAGUUGCAUCAGAGAGCUGCUCAUGUGUACUCUGAAGCAAGGCGGGUAUAUGCAUUCAAGGAUACUGUUGCAGCUAGCCUAAGUGAGGAGGAGAAGCUAAAGAAGCUUGGUGAACUUAUGAAUGAUAGCCAUCAAAGCUGUAGUGUUCUAUAUGAAUGCAGCUGCCCGGAGUUGGAAGAAUUAGUAAAAGUAUGCCGAAAUAAUGGUGCAUUGGGAGCAAGGCUUACCGGAGCAGGGUGGGGCGGUUGUGCAGUCGCACUAGUUAAAGAGAGUAUGGUGCCACAGUUCAUCCUCAAUUUAAAGGAACAAUUCUAUCAAUCAAGGAUGGACAAGGGCGUGAUCAACAAGAAUGACCUUGGCCUCUAUGUGUUUGCUUCCAAGCCAUCAAGCGGUGCCGCGAUUUUGAAAUUCUAGUCAGUUAACUAGUCCUUUAGAUGUUAUUUGUGUAGAUGCCAUAUAAUAAUAGCUCUAGUUCAGUUGAAUAAAACUAUUGUCCUAACCGGGUUUGGCUGUCAACUCGGUAUAAAUAAUUAAAUCAUUUUAACUCAAACACUAUGAAAACAAAUAAAUUUCCCUUUUUCUU